AUGAAGCCUCAGACCAUUCUUAAUAAGCUCGCUCUUCUGAGCUCUGUGCCCUUUGUUCUAGCCGACACCCUCAACAUCGUCGCGCACCAGGACGAUGAUUUACUCUUCCUCAGUCCGGACCUGAUCCGCGACAUACUCUCCGGCCAAGCCGUGCGGACCAUCUUCCUCACAGCCGGCGACGCAGGAAACGACGACAGCUACUGGCAAGACCGACAAUUCGGAUCCCAGGCGGCGUACGCGCGGAUGGCCAUCGCCAGCAACAAGUGGAAGGAGACUGACGCCGGGAUUAAGGGCAAGGACAUCUCCAUCUACACGCUGAAAGACAACGCGUCCAUCUCGUUGAUCUUCAUGCAUCUCCCUGACGGCAACAUGGACGGCACGGGGUUCGCGGGCGGCAACAAUGACAGCCUUCAAAAGCUGUGGAACGGAGACAUCGACCACAUUACCACCGUGGACGGCUCGGGCACAACAUACACUCGCGACGAACUGAUCGACACGAUAACGGUUCUGAUGGAUGACUUCCACCCCGAUGAGCUGAAAACCCAGGACUACGUCGACAGCUUCGGCGACGGUGACCACAGCGAUCACUACGCCACGGCCUUCUUCACUACCUCCGCCUUGAACAAGGCAAACUGCCACCCGAACCUGACAGGCUACUUGGGCUACACGAUCAAUAACAACCCCGUCAAUCUCGAUGCUUCCGACAUCGAGGACAAGACCAAUAUCUUCUACGAAUAUGCGAGUCACGACCAGGGCACUUGCAGCACCAUUGCUGGCUGCUCGACUCGGCCGGAGGCUGGUUGGUUGCAACGACAGUACACUGUCUAG